UUGGCUCUCUCUGGAACUUUCCAUACUGUUCUGGUCAUUCCAGAUUAAUUUCCUCUCCCUCUCUCCCGUCUCAACUUCAAAUCCAGAAGUUCUUCAAAACGAAUAAGCCCAGAACAGACAGGUACAGAGCAUAGCCGAAACCAAACGAAGCUUUGAGCGAAAGAGGAGCAGCAAAGUGAAGAAGAGAAAGAGGGUUGAAGUUGAAAGAGAAGAAGAGGAGAUGGAGGUGGACUACUACAAAGUAUUGCAAGUUGAUAGGAACGCUAAAGAUGAAGAUCUCAAGAAAGCUUACAGAAAGCUUGCCAUGAAGUGGCACCCUGAUAAGAACCCCAAUAACAAGAAAGAAGCUGAAGCCAAGUUCAAACAGAUUGCUGAAGCCUAUGAGGUUCUGAGUGAUCCUCAGAAAAGAGCAGUGUAUGAUCAGUAUGGUGAAGAGGGGCUAAAGGGUGUGCCACCACCACACGCCGGCGGUCCAGGUGGAACCACCUUCUUCUCUACCGGAGAUGGGCCAACAUCAUUUAGGUUCAAUCCCAGAAGCGCCGAUGACAUAUUUUCCGAGUUUUUUGGGUUUUCGAGCCCAUUUGGAAGAAGCGGUGGCGGUGGUAGUGGCGGUGGCAUGAUGGGUUCAAGAUUUUCAAGUAGUUUGUUUGGUGAUGAUCUCUUUGAGGCUUUUGGGGACAGGGGAGGUGGUGGGUCAAUGCACCAAACAGGGCCUAGGAAGGCACCUCCAAUUGAAAGGACUUUGCCUUGUAGUUUGGAAGAGCUCUAUAAAGGAAUCACUAAGAAGAUGAAGAUCUCAAGAGAAAUUGCUGAUGCUAGUGGUAAGACCAUGCCAGUGGAGGAGAUUCUGACUAUAAAUGUCAAGCCUGGGUGGAAGAAAGGUACAAAGAUCACCUUCCCAGAGAAAGGGAAUGAGCAACCAAAUGUUAUUCCUUCCGAUCUUGUCUUUGUCAUCGAUGAGAAACCUCAUAGCGUGUUUACCCGUGAUGGAAAUGACUUAGUUGUCACACAAAAGAUACCUCUGGCUGAUGCAUUGACAGGUUACACAGCCCGCCUUACCACCUUGGAUGGCAGGAAUUUAACCAUUCCAAUCAACAAUGUGAUUCAUCCAAAUUACGAGGAGGUUGUCCGGGGUGAAGGUAUGCCAAUUCCAAAAGAUCCAUCAAAGAGGGGAAACUUGAGAAUCAAACACAUCAUCAAGUUCCCAACAAGGCUGACUGCAGAACAAAAGGUUGGUGUCAAGAAAUUAUUGCCUUCUUGAGAUCGACUUAUUGGAGUGUCAAAUGCAUACGAGGCAAGGCAGUUUUGUGAAUAUACUAUACGCCUUUGAGUGAAGCUUAUAUUCUUUUAGAAUUAUAGAAUGAAUGUCAAUUUGAGGUUGGCCGUUUGAAGUUUUUAGUGUUAUAGUUGUAUAUAUCCCUUUGGUUGCGAUUUUGAGUUUAUGCUAGUUGAUGUCCUGAAACAUGAAGAGUAAUGUCUAGUUUUUUUCCCCAGUGAUGACUAUGAGAGGUGGUGUAAAAAUAUUUGCAGUUGAAUUGUAUUACUACUAUCAGCC